AAGACCGGAGGAUAACUACCGGCACCGGGAGCUUUUGCGGUUCUCACAAUUUGAAAACUCUUCCAGCUCACACCGCACAGCACAGAUUGCAGCCAUUGACUCCUUUCUGGUUUGCUCACUUUUACAGCGAUCUUUCAGCUAGCAGACUACGAAGUAUCUAAACUCAACCAACCGCAGCAACCAUGGACGACGACUACUCAGCUGAUGGCGACCUGGAAAGCAAUUCUGGAGAUGUCUCUGUGGCAGACACAGCAUCCUUUGCGGAAGUGAAGCGAGAGAUCAAGAUGAUGAACGUCGUGCGAACCUUUGUGUUUGCCCUCAUGAUUACCUUCUCUACCAUCACGGCAGAGGUGAUCUACGUGGUGGUCCGGUUCGGCGAAGAGGACGUCUUCAAGAGCAGGUUCCAUACCUACGCCAACCAAAUCAUUGAGGGUUUCUACGAGAAAGUGAACACCCGGUUGGUGGCUGCUGACUCUCUCAGCACCUCGUUCACCGUGCAAGCCUCGGACAUGAAGUCGGUUUGGCCGUUCGUGAGCUUUCCCGAGUUUGAAAGGCGCUGCACCGGGACAAGGCAGCUGGCAGAUGCCUCGGCCGUCACCUAUGCUCCUUGGAUCCAAGGUGAAGAUACUCGAAAGCGCUGGGAGGCGUAUGCCGCGUACAUGGACCAUGAGGGGACGCUCGAAUCCAAUCACACGGAUGACUUUCGUGUCAGUGACACAGAUGAAGACUCGGUCAUCUUUCUGCAAACUGGUCGCUCCGUCAUAGAAGGCAUUUACUACCUUGAGGAUGGGCAAGCACACGAUCUGCCACCACAAGGCAAUGAUACCGACGUCUUUCCCCUCUGGCAGAGAUCUCCAGAGUCGGCGGUCAAUGGCUCUGACAUUCGCAUGUACGAUCAAAUGUCCAACCCGAUCCGUGCCCAAGCUCUCAACGUGCUUAUGACGAAACCCCCGCAGCCACUCAGUGGAGUCUACACGGACUUUUUGAUCUACGAUAGCAACCUCACGGACUAUGCCUACUACAGCACUCCUCGGGCUGCUCUCUACGCCCCCGUCUAUGACUCUGCCAAUGAAGACUCUGUGGUUGCCACUGUGGACUUGGAGUUCAUGUGGGAGACAUUCCUGGCCGAUAUUUUGGACGAUUACGUGGAAGCCAUUGUCGUGGUGGCUGAAUCUUCCUGCAGUGGCCGUCAGUACUCCUUCCAAGUUCAGGGCAUCAACGCCUCCUACAUGGGUGCAGGCAAUCUAGCCCCAGAUCCCAAAACGUUCAGUGCUCCCUCCCCGGUCAACUCGACGUAUGAAGCAUUCCGCCAAAUCAUACUUCCAUCUUCCGACGCCGACGCUUCAGCCAACGAUACCAGCUCUCCCCCUCAACUUCCAUGCCAGUACCGCCUCUCCGUGUAUGCAACAGAAGAGUUCAAGGCGUCCUUCAUGACCCACAAGCCAGAAAUCUACCGUUGGAUCGUCUUGGGAAUCUUUCUCUUUGCGGUGGGAGUCUUUUUGGUGUAUGACUGCAUUGUCGAUCAACAAUCCAACAGGGUCGUGGAAUCCGCCAAGAAAACGGACGCAUUGGUGAGCACACUCUUCCCCUCAUCCGUCAAACAGCGUCUAUUGGAGAGCCAUGAAAAGGAGCGCCAAAAGCAUUUGGAGGCCAAGCGGGUUUCCAUUUGGCAACUCAACCAUCGAGGCAGCAUUACGGAAGGCCAAGCCCCGGACUCGGGCGAAAUGCGCAUCAUAUCCACACCCAAGCAACGUCUCAAGAGCUUUCUACAUCCCGAGGAGGCUGAUAUGGUGGCCACCGGUGCAAUGAAUGAGGCAGAACCGAUUGCAGAUCUAUUCCCUAACGCCUCGGUCAUGUUUGCCGAUGUCGCGGGCUUUACCGCAUGGAGCAGUGAACGUGACCCCAGCCAGGUCUUCAAGCUGUUGGAAACCCUCUAUCGCUCCAUGGACAAAGCUGCACGAAGGUUCAGGGUAUUCAAGGUCGAGACGAUCGGGGAUUGCUAUGUCGCUGCCACCGGAUUGCCAGAUCAACGUGACGACCACGUCGAGGCUCUUACUCGUUUUGCCAGAACAUCACUCCUUCGCACCAAUGAAUUGACCAAUGCCUUGGAAUCUACCCUUGGCCCAGGAACUUCUGAAUUGGCCCUGCGGUUUGGAAUCCACAGUGGUCCUGUCACGGCUGGAGUACUUCGAGGCGAGAAGGCACGGUUCCAGUUGUUUGGAGAUACAAUGAAUCUUGCUGCAAGAAUGGAAUCAACAGGAGUGCCGAACAAGAUCCAUCUAUCACAGGCUACAGCUGACAUUCUCGUCAAGCGUGGGAAAGCACAUUGGAUUUCCCAGAGGGCGGAAACUGUCUUUGCUAAAGGCAAAGGUGAACUUAACACCUACUGGUUGUUGACGGGGGCCUCUGGUGCUUCUUCGACUGCAGCCAGCAGUUGCUCUGGUUCUGUGAGCAGCAGUGAGUUUAUGACCAAGGAUACUGUGGCCAUCCAAUCUCCUCUGGGUGCUCCAGUGUGUAGUGGUGGAGCCUCUGAGGCAGUCCUAAUGGGUGUUAUCGGAGGAAGCAAGUUGAAUCGUUCCAUUGACCGCCUUGUAGAAUGGAACACUGGUGCUCUUCUUUCCCUCCUGGAGAAGGUUGUUGUCAGCCGGGGUGGUUCAGUGGAGCCGUUGCAGAAGGAUAGCUCUUCGCGAGAUAUCCCAGCAGGGGCUUCCCGAAGUUUCAUGGAUGAGAUGGAGUUGUUUGUGCCAAUGCCCGAGUAUGACGCCGGACUUGUAGCCAGGAUACAUGACACAUCGGGCUUCCAACUUCCGCGUCAAGUUCGUUUCGAGCUGCGCAUGUAUAUUGCUGCCAUUGCUUCUGGCUACCGAAAGAAUUCCUUUCAUAAUUUUGAGCAUGCAAGCCAUGUGAUAUUAUCGGCUACCAAACUCUUGAAGAGAAUCGCCUAUGCUGAUGGUCAUGCAAAUGAAGAACACGGUGUCACUACUGAAGACUUGCAUCAUUUUACAUAUGGUAUCAGCAGUGAUCCGCUGACUCAGUUCGCAGUUGUCUUUGCUGCAUUGAUUCAUGAUGUUGGCCAUGAAGGUGUUCCAAAUGGACAGCUUGCCAAGGAGCUCCCACAAAUUGCCACUCAGUAUGACAACAAGAGCAUUGCUGAGCAACGGUCUGUUGAUGUGGCUUUGGAGCUGCUGAUGCAACCAAAGUACAAGAACUUGAGGGAUUGCAUCUUUGGCGAUCAAAUUGGCCGGGCACGGUUCAGGAAGCUUCUCAUUCACUGUGUGCUUGCUACUGACAUCUUUGAGAAGGACCUCAAGGCAAAGAGAAACCAGCGCUGGGAACAGGCCUUCCAUAAAGCUCCUGCAGAAAGCCCCGCUGAAGACGACAUGAACUGCAAGGCCACAAUAGUUUUGGAGCACAUCAUCCAAGCCUCUGAUGUAUCACACACAAUGCAACACUGGCAUGUCUACAUCAAGUGGAAUGAGCGACUGUUCCAAGAGAUGUAUGCCGCCUACAAGGCAGGGCGCUCUGACAAGGACCCUUCUGAGGGUUGGUACAAGGGAGAGCUUUGGUUCUAUGACAACUAUGUGAUCCCACUUGCAAGGAAGCUCAAAGAGUGUGGGGUUUUUGGUGUCUCUAGUGAUGAGUAUUUGACCUAUGCCCAACAAAAUAGAGAUGAAUGGGAACGACGCGGGGAAGAGAUCUGCAAAAAGAUGAAGUUCAGGUGUGAAAAAGAAGGGGAAAAGAAGCGAGACAGGCGGUCGAUUCUGUGGGAACGUGAUGAGCGUGGAUACCGCGAAAUAUUCCACAAGGAAAGCGCCGAUCUCUUGGAAGAGGGGGAAGAGGAGGACAACGACGAGAGCCAUCACAGCUACAAAGAACAUUGAUUGCACUCGAGUCAGAUCCACGAUGAUGAUGCCAGUGGCGCUACAUGAACUUUGACAUGCGUAAAAAACAUACAUAAUUAGCUAGUAUCUUCAAUACAGAGAUUUCUUUCCGGUAGCUUUGCGCCUUGC